AUGAAUGCAUGUCAGCAACAGGGCAUAUUAUACAGGGAUCAGAAAAUAAUCAGAUUCCCUAAAUAUGAUAGGUUAAUGGGUUGUACUUGGGAAAAAUUAAGUCAGGCAUUUGGUCAAGAUAUAAAGAUUGAUCAUAAUGUUACUGAUAAAAACACAACUAUUGUACAUGGAUUCCAUCCUGAUUAUUUGAUUUGGAUGAAAAAUAUUUUAGUACUUAAAGGGGAAGAAAAGAUCAAUGAUAUUGAUAAGGCAAUAUCUGAAUUGUCAGAUAAAAAUGAAUUAUGGAACCUUUCUAUGUACCAUCAAGUUCCUUAUAUCCUUUGUUAUGCAGCUGGUGGAAAUAAGCUCCAAUUCUUUGCAACUAAAGCACAAGAUAUUACAACAAUCAGUCCAUGUUGUGAUUUAUCAAACACUGCUUCAGAACUCAAGGUAAACAUCAAAUUAAUGUUACUAUCCACUUGA